CGGCACGGCACGGCACGGGCUCACCAUGAUCGUGUGUCCCCAGAGCGUGGAGCACCGCCGAGGAAGCCGGUGCCAGCGGCUGCCGGGGCAGGUAGUGAAGAUGUCUGGUGGCGACCCUGAGCGCCCCCAGUUCCUCUUCGUGAAGGUGCUGGCGAGCUGGGGGCGGCUGGAGGCGGUGACCCAGCAGAUGGGCUACCACCCACAGUACCUCGACAGCUUCCUCAAGACGCAGCACUACCUGAUGCACAUGGACGGCCCGCUGCCCUUCGACUGCCGGCAUUACAUCGCCAUCAUGGCAGCCGCCCGGCACCAGUGCCGGUACCUGGUGAACCUGCAUGUGCUGCAGUUCCUGCAGGCAGGGGGUGAUCCCCAGUGGCUGCGCGGCCUCGACUUCAUCCCCCCCAAACUUCGCAACCUCAACGAGAUCAACAAGAUCCUGGCACACCGACCAUGGCUCAUCACCAAGGAGCACAUUGAGAAGCUGCUGAAAAUCAGUGAGUGGAGCUGGUCGCUGGCGGAGCUGGUACAUGCUGUCGUCCUCUUGGCGCACUGCCACGCACUCGCCAGCUUUGUCUUCGGCUGUGGCUGUGAGCAGGAUGAGGGGCCGGGGGGCCGAGGCUCGCUGAAGCCCUUGUCACCCGGGAACCAGUGCUUCUGCGAAGCCACCGCCGGCAACGGCUGCAGCCAGGAGCUGCUGUGCAUCAACCGCAAGCGGGUGAGCCCCCGAGGGUGGGCCCACUGGGGGAUGGGGGGUGCGGCUGGGACCGCUGCCCUCACCCCUGAGCCUGUGUCUGCACAGUCCCUGGACUCCUGCAUGGAGCUGGAUUCCCUCCGGGAACGCAUGCAGCGGAUCCACGUGGGGACCGAGGGCAGGGAGGAGAUGAGGCUGGUGCAGCAGGACCGAGAGGAAGGGCUCUCCCCGCUCACAGAUACCGACGGAGAAGUCACCGGUGCCACCAAUCUUGCAUGUUACAUGCAGGACCCUGACUUUGGAUACCAGGACUUUGCCCGGCGUGACGACGAUCAGACGCAGGUAUUCAGAGUCCAGGAUUACUCCUGGGAAGACCAUGGCUUCUCGCUGGUCAACCGGCUCUACUCUGACAUUGGGCAUCUCCUGGAUGAGAAGUUUCGGAUGGUGGAUGGUCUGCAAAGCAGUGCCAUGGCCAAGCGGCAGGGCUGUGAACCCUCUGUCUUCAAGCGGGGCAUCUGGAACUACAUCCACUGCAUGUUUGGCAUUAGGUACGAUGACUAUGACUACGCAGAAGUGAAUCAGCUCCUGGAGCGAAUGCUCAAAGUUUACAUUAAAACUGUAACCUGCUACCCAGAGAAGACAAACUCAGAAAUGUUUGAUAGGUUCUGGAAGCAGUUCAAGCACAGUGAAAAGGUCCACGUGAACCUGCUCAUCCUGGAAGCCCGAAUGCAGGCAGAGCUGCUGUACGCAUUGCAGGCCAUCACCCAGUACAUGAUCUCCUAGAUGGUGGGGAAGCUACGCUGCGGCAGGGCCGGGCAGCAUCCUUUCUCCCUGGACUCGUGCGUGACCUGUCACGCUGGGACGGAUGGCGAGGGAUUACUCAAUUUAGUUUACUUGACUGUCUUGUUCCUCCCUGCCCCCCCCCCGCCCCAGCUCCGACCCCUCGUGGGGCUUGCUGAGUGGCCCUGUUAUGUGCAAUUACCAAACUGUGAGGCAAGUCCGUGCUGCUGAGAUGUCGGUGUGAUGCUGGAGACUUGAAUAUGUCCAGGGAGGACUGCCAAAGAUGUUGGGGGAGAGGGAGGCAGGAGGGGACUGGGGCCAGUUUAGAGGGAUGCUCCCUCACAAGCAGAAGCUCCUUGCCUGGGCGCUGCAGGAGCCUUGGCUGCCACAGGGUGGGCAGAGGGGAGAGCUGGCUUCCUUCCCUGUGCUGCAGUGGCUGCCCUGCUUGCAAGCCACCCUUCAGCGCCUGGCCUCAUUGGGGUGAUGCAUCUCACUUGGGAACAGCGCGGGCAGCUCACAAGUGCGUUGCAAUGUCCUGAGUUGCGUGGUCAGGCAGGGAGGAGCACAGGCUCUGAGCAAGGGCCCUUACCCAGCCCGGGAUGGGAAGGGAAUGCGCUUGCUGCCUACGUGUCCUGCCCUUUGGGUCUAUGUGCCAAACCCCUCUGGGAUGGACAAGCGAUGAUCUAGGUGAACUCCAAACUGUGAAGCUCUUGCUGGCAGGGUGCCCUAGUGCUCUGCCUUCUCUGACAGCGGGGUGAGAAGGUCUCUGACAGUGUUCAGGCUCUGGAGGUUUCUGCAGGGGACUUUAGGCAGUCCUCAAGGAGCUUGCCCCAAAGCCCCUCCUCUGCCUCCCAUCAGCGGAGGGGCAGGAGGAACAAGGGAGGCUUCCUGAGUUAAUGUGGCCUGUAUCUUCUUACCACCAUGAGAGGGCUGAGGUCCUGUGCCCAGUCACUUGCUGCUUAACAGCAUGGUGGAGGAGCCUGUGGUCAGCACAGGCAAGCUACAGGAAGCUUCUCCUUGAACCUGGGCUGGGGGGACUCCCUGGGCUGUCCCGUUUGAACAGAGGCAGCCUGUGCACCAGCCUUGCCCUCUGCCCAGCGGGCAGGAGCAUGCACCACUGCUCCCCCCUGUCCCAGGGCUGCUCCCUGCCCAUGCCGCAGCCCCUGGCUGGGGAGGUACGAGUGAUCCGGCGCAGGCUCCGGAGAGCAGCCAUGAAAGGAGAAUGAGGCCACCCAUGAUAAGUGGGAGCCUGAAGCAAGGGCAGCUGUCAAGUCAGCCCAGCGCACGCUGCUUCAGUUGACCUGUUUACUGCGUAAAUGUAUGGGGAGAAAACCUUGUGUAUGGAAGCUACAGAAAAAGCCUAUUUUUGCUAUAAAUAUAUUAUGUUUGACAUGGA